AUCAUUAAAUUUAUUGCAUACUUUUCGGCUAAAUACGGUUUACUAAUGAUAUGAAUCGCCAUGUGGACUUAUAUGAUGGCAGCAAGCCGUGGAGAACGGGCCAACUCCAUGAUGUCUUCAAGAAGGCGCAAUGAAACUGAGUCACCAAAAUAUGGCAUCAAUCUGUCCCGUCCUAUGUAUCGUACCACACGCCUUAGUGGUUUAUCGAAUACAGCAACAACUUCUUUUGGCAGCACGUAUCCUUAUACAACAACACAAUAUGGUACUGGCAUCAACCUCGGUAACAGUGGCGCCACAGCAGCCACAAUACAUACACAUAGUAAUGCAAAAGACACACCAAUGCUUCAUACGAAAACAAAAACUAAACACCAUCAACAUAGACGACAUCAUCAUAGAAAUGGUAAUGAGGAACAUUGUCACACUACUGUUGAGGGUAUUGAAGAUGGUACAAGUCUUUUCUCACCACUUACACCCAGUACCACGAUGACCAAGGAUAUAAACUUAUACAGUUGUAAAAGUUCUGCUGUACAUGGUAUGGUGAGAAAGCAAUUGAUUGCAAAUCAUACUGGUGAUACAACGACAAAUAUCGCUGCUUCCACUAGUUCUGGUCAUAGGUCUGGCGUCACCUCUGCUGCAGUUCUUCAUGUACCGACGUACGAUAGUGAUGAUGAUGAAAUAAGUAUAUCCGAUGGAAAAUACGCACUGCAUCACCACCAGAUUAACGAGGAUGUUGGCAGUAGUAAUAGUUCGGAUGACGACGAAGAUGAAGAAGAAAAUAUUGAAAUGCAAGAAGUGCAGAAUUUGGAAAGUGGAAUAGAGAAGGGCAAAAAAAUUUCAAUGCUACAGCUACAUGAUCGUUCUACAGCUUAUGAUUUAACUUCUACAGCUAAACCAGGGAAAACUGGUUUAGUUAAUAGUCAUUUCAGCUUAAAAAGAUGGCACGCGGACAACACUAUAUCAUAA